CUGGGAGGCUGAAGUAAAAUGGCGUAAAAGAACCGGAAGUUUACGUCCGAGUGUUCCUCUGAGCUUCACGCGGCGCUGCGGGGGCGGAAGCGGCUCGAGCGGCGGCGAUCGUGGGAGCGUGUCCGAAGGGGAAGAUGAAGCAGUCCAAGGCGGCCAAGCUCCGCCCCGGUACCGGCAAAGCAUGUGAGAAAGAUGCUGCCACUGUAUCAAAGGAAGAUUAUGUUGUGGGUCAAGUGGCCAACAGUCUGUUUCAAAAUAAACCCACUGCACGUGGCACAGGUUCCCUGGUCCAGCUCUUCAGUGCUCCUGAGACUGAAAUACAGCCAGUGUAUGUUGCUGUGCCAAGAGAAUAUAAGAAACGGAAGCUUGCGGAAGAAGAAACUGCCACAGAAGUUCAGAGUUCGUCUAGUAAAGGAGAGCCUUUUAAAAAAAAGCUAAAAGCUAAAAAGAAGGAUAUCUCUCUUGCAGAGGAAAGAGUAGCAAGCAGGGAAUGUGCUUUGGAUGUAGCAGAUGAAGAGGAGGAGAAAAAAGAAAUACAAAUUAAACAAAAACUGAAAAAUAGACGUUCUAAAUUGGUUUCCCAAAAGCUUUCAGAUGAAGAUGCUGGACUGAAACAAAAGAAAACACAAGUUAACCUGGCUGAGGAAAUGCUAAAGAAUAAAAGAACUAUUUUUGUGGGCAAUUUACCUGUUAGUUGUAAGGCACAGAUGCUGAAGACGUUUUUCAAAGAAUAUGGGCAAAUUGAAUCAGUUCGUUUCCGCUCUUUGAUUCCAGCUGAGGCUACUGUAUCCAAAAAAAUGGCAGCCAUAAAGCGAAUGGUGCAUCCUAAUAUGAAGUACAUUAAUGCUUAUGUCGUUUUCAAGGAGGAAUGUGCAGCCAAUAACGCCUUAAAAUGUAAUGGAACAGAAUUUACCAGUGGAUUCCACAUAAGAGUUGACCUUGCUUCAAAAUCUGCAUGUCACGAUAACAAGAGAUCUAUUUUUGUGGGAAAUCUCCCUUAUGAAAUUGAUGAUGAUACAGUAAGAGACCAUUUCUCUGAAUGUGGAAAUGUAAUCAGUGUACGAAUUGUGAGAGAUCGGAGCACAGGCAUUGGCAAAGGUUUUGGUUACGUUCUGUUUGAGACUACAGAUUCUGUACACCUUGCACUGAAGCUAAACAACUCUGAACUGAAAGGAAGAAAGCUACGAGUGCAACACUGUGUGCAAAAAGAAAAAGCUCCACAGAAGAGUUUACUCAAGAAUGUAAAGAGCCCUGAUGGACUGAAGUAUUCAAAGUCUUCUUCACUGAAAAAUGCAAAAGGAUUAUCGAGUCACUCUUUUGCUGGUGAAAAAGCAACCCCAAUGACAAAGAGCAAAAAAACCAAGUCAAAACACAUAAUGAAGAAGAAACCGAGAAAAUCCAUUUGAAAUAGUUAUGCUGCAAGUUUUGAAUUGUAUUUUUAAAUAAAUUUUAUUUCCUAGUCA